AUUUAAUCACAGAAAAACUCAAUCAGUCCGCUUAAAUAACCUAAUCAACAUAUAUCCAUGUUCUGAUGAUAGCACUAACACCUUAGAUCUAAAACUUGGACUUCUUAAUGAAACAUUAUCAUUAUAAAGUGCCUUUUAAGGUCCCAGUCAGAAUCACACAUUUAUUUUCAAUUUAAUGUAAAAUAAUGAUGUUUUGAGUUUUUAUUACAAAUGUAUAAUCAUUAACACAUAUAUCAAUACUAUAUUUACCAUCUUGGAGUUAUUUUUUAUUAAUUUGUACUAUUUUCUUUAAGUGUGUGUAGGCGAUUUUGCCAUGUCCCUCUCACAGUAGUGGGAGCAACUAUGAGUCAUUAAAUUAAACAAAAUUAAAAUGAUUUUUUUGUGGUCUUAUUAUUAUUGACAAUAACUUUCAUAAAUGGGUAAUUCUAGUAGUUUCCAACAGAUAUUUAAUAUUGUAUUUAAUACAUGUCCCUCAAAUCAGUGUCCACCCUGUCAUUAAUACUUCCCUGAUAGGGUGGACAUGAUGCAUGACCGGGGGGACAGGUGGAUCGUUUUUUGACAAUAAUAACGUAAUAAAAUAACAUUAUACACACCUCUUGUUAACAAUAACAAUUGAAGUCAGACUGCUGGUUUAAGGGUGUCCUGCAUCUGUUUUAGUUAUGAGUCAAAGAGGAGCUGAAAUAGCAAAACGCUACCGGGAGCGCCGUGAUGCUGACCCUGACAGAAGAAGACAGUAUCUUGAAAAAGAGAGGGCCAGGUGGAAGAAGGACAGAGACACUAGAAAGAAAAAGGGGAUUGAUGAGCUGAGUGAGCGAGAGAAGAGGGCAAAAAGAAAGAAGUGGAGAGAGGCAAAAAAAGCAGCCAGAGCAAAGUCCAGGGCCAUAGUUUUGCUUUUGUCAGAGACACCACCCAGCACUCCUGAAACUCAGCCUGAGCCAGGGCCCUCCAGGUUAGAAGUUGUUAAGUUAGUAAGAGAUUAAGGAUUUUUCAUUACAUCUCAAAUAUAAUGAGAGGAAGGUGGGAGGGGAGAGUACAGAAGGGAACAGGUGCAGAGAUUUAACCACUAUAGCACUGUAAAUCACCCCCCCCUCCCAAAAAAAACUGAAAGGUAAUGAAAUGAGAACAGGGAAUGAAAGUGAGAAUAGAGGAGGGAGAAAGACAAAGACGCAGAGGGGAAAGUAUGCGAAGGAGCGCAAAGAAGAAACUGGAAAUUAAGAUCGCUGAAUUGGAGGCAAUCCUGGCAAAGGAGAGAGCAAAAGCGCAGAAAUACAAAAAGAGAGAUAUCAGAGGGCUAAGAAAGAAGGAGCUUCCACUACGUCACCACGUACAGCUGUAAAAGCUUUGUUGGGCCGUCAGAAGGUGAGGUCUCCUGUCAAAAAGGCUCUACUUUUUCAUGCUGCUUUAGUGGAAGAUAUCCGAUCCAAAUACAAAAAAUCAAAAGCAAAUAAGGAAAAGCAGCUGAUCGCUAAAGUUGUCACUGGAAACAUAGUGAAAAGGUACAAGCUCCAAAGCUAUGCCAGGUCAGCUUUUGGGUACUCGAAGAAGAGAGCCAUACAUCCUCCUGACAAUCUCACCUACAACGGUAGAAGAAGAAGUGUCCAUCAAAUGCAGUUAAGAAACAACAUUACUUUUAUUAUCUUUUUUCCUGCGAGAUGACGUCAGCCGAAUGACAACCAGUCGCAAGCAAACCAUUACACUGCGCAAGAAGAAGAUGCAGAAGAGGUUGUUAACUGACACAAGAAAAAAAUUGUACCAGAAAUUUUUGUCUGAGAACCUUGGAAAUGUGUUUUACACCACAUUUUGCAGCUGCAAACCAUUUUGGGUGGUAAGCCCUUCCCCCUCUGACCGGGAUUCAUGUUUAUGCAAGAAACAUGAGAACUUGCUAUUCAUGAUGGAUGCUUUACAGAGCUGCGGGUUGCUGCAUCACCGAGAUAUUGAACAACUGGCUCAGGAAACCAUGUGUGAUUCCAAAGCGAAGGCCUGUGCGUAUGGGGAGUGCAGGGAAUGCCUUUAUACAUGUCAGCCAAUGCUGCGACAUCCUGGACAAGAUGGUGUCACUUUUUGCCAAUGGACAACUGAGAAAAUAGAGAGAGAUGACAAAAGCUCCACAAUUACAGUCAAGAAGGUGUUGGAAAUGUCAGAGGAUGAACUAAGCACACAGUUCCACAACAGCCUUUUCCAUUUCAGGCGCCAUAUUUUUAACAUCAAAUGGCAGUAUGACGUUUACCGUAAGAUUAGAAACAACCUCAGGAGCACUGAGUGUCUCAUACAUAUUGACUUCAGUGAAAACUACUCCUGCAAAUACCACAAGGAAAUACAGUCUGUGCAUUUUGGGGGCUCACACCAACAGGCCAGUCUGCACACUGGAGUGUUAUAUGUUGCAGGUGAUCAAGCACCACAGAGCUUUUGUACAAUCUCACCCUCCAGGAGACAUGACCCAGUGGCCAUCUGGGCCCACCUCGACCCCAUUCUGAACCAAGUGAGAGAGCAACAUCCUGAUGUCUGCACACUCCAUUUUUUUAGUGAUGCUCCAGCGACACAGUACCGUCAAAAGGGGAAUUUUUUCCACCUCUCUACCGAACCCUUCAAGUAUGGAUUCAAGCAAAUUUCCUGGCACUUUUUUGAAGCCAGCCAUGGGAAGGGGGCUCCAGAUGGGGUAGGGGGGGCCCUCAAGAGAACAGCCGACAAAAUUGUCGCCCAUGGAGAAGACAUUCCGAAUGCACAGACAUUGUAUGAGAAACUAAAAGGUCAAGAAAACUGUUCAAUUGACCUGCACUUCAUUCCAGAGUCAGACAUUGAGGCAAAGCCCGAGGCACUACAAGAAUCCACCAAGCCAUCAGCAUGAAACCUGGCGAAAUGAUGUACAGAGACAUUUCAUGUCUCUGUAAAUGGGAGGAAGGCACCCUGGAUUGUUCAUGUUUCAACCUUCAAAAAGUGUCCCUGCUGGCAUCUGAUCAGUCAAAAGUACAUGUGAAGGAACCAAUUAAAAGUUGGAGGCCAGAAGUCAUCGAAGAGAAGCACAUUGGUGAAUGGUGUGUAGUCAACUACGACAAUGAUGGAUACCCUGGUAUCAUUCUCGAUGUAGAGGAGCACAGCGUGAAAGUUAAAUGCAUGCACAACAAAGGAAUCAACAAAUUCUGUUGGCCAAGUCCUCGUGAUGACAUCAACUGGUAUGGGGAUUGGCAGAUUCUGUGCCUCAUGCCGGAACCACAACUUGUUAACAGGCAUGCUUUCUCAGUUGAGCCAUCUGUUUGGAAGUACAUGGAGGACCAAUUACAGUAGACCUAGAUACGUGUCCUAAUGUUCUGUUGAGUAGGCCUACGCUAGAUGUUUUUUGAUGUUCUGUUUUGAUGUUCUGUUGAGAAGCAUAUGUGUUCUGAUGUUGGUGUAUGAAUUAACUGAGUACAGUUUGUACCUAACUCAUCCUUUUUAAUGUUUUUCUGUACUUAAUGAAUUGCAUUUGUCCACCCUGUCAUGUAAUUUUCCACCCUAUCGUGCCGAUGUCCACCCUGUCAAAUUUAAGUUUAAUGAAAAAAACUAAAUAUGUAUUGAAUAUAAAGUAACCCUGUGUGUGAUUUCCUGAUGUCCAAAUGAUGACCAAACAAAACCAUUAAAAAGUUUUGCUAGUUACAUUUGUUUUUGUCAUUUU